AGCGGUACUGGGCAGAGCCCUUUCCUUUGGGCAAGAGCCUCGGAAUUGCCGUCCAUUCUUUAGAAAGAGUAGGAAUGGAGGGCUAGGAAAAUUGAGCCGAAUCAUCUCAUCUGGCUACCACCCCAGGAGCAGCGGCCCCAGGAGCAGCGCCCCCAGGAGCACCUCCCCACGCGACAGCCGCAGCUCCAUGCACCAAACACAGAGAAGAAUGCUGGGCCAGCGCCUUGCCAUCCCCACUGCGCAGCCCAAGAAGAAAAGGACAUCAGUGACAUCUUUCUUUUCCAAGGUCUCAUGGAAACUGAGGUCCCGGAAGCAGGAGCCUCUGAAGAAUGUGUUUUUCAUCUUGGCAGAAAGAGCCCGGGACCCCAGUGCUAAAAAGCGUCACAUGGCCAUGAGAGGCCUGGGGACCAUAGCCCGUGAGAAACCCAACAAGGUGAGAAAGUAUAAGAAAAUUGUGCUAGACCUGCUGGUCCACGGGUUGUAUGAUCCCAUGAGUUCCGAAGUCAUCCAUGAGAGCAUGAAGUCGCUGACUGUCAUCCUGGGCAAGAUCCAGGGGAAAGGUUUGGGCUCCUUCUUCAUAGACAUCACCCUUCAGACCAGGACUCUAUUAGAUGACGAGAACGACAGCCUGAGAUGCUCAGCCUUUGUCUUGUUUGGGCAACUGGCUGCCUUUGCUGGGCGGAAAUGGAAGAAAUUUUUCACCUACCAAGUUAAGCAGACGCGGGAUUCCCUCCUGAUCCAUUUACAGGAUAGAAAUCCCCGGGUUGCCAAGGCUUGCAAAACCACGUUUCGAGCCUGUUCUCCCUACCUGAGACAGAGGAGGGAACGCAGCUUUCAGACUGAAGAUCAAGGGAACCCCAAGCUCUGCUGGCAGCUGCUGUUGCUGCUUGCCUCUGGUGAUUGUAACACAAAAGGGGAUGUUGGGAGAGCAGUUAAUGGCAAAAAAUGAUACUGCAGAAUUGUAUGAUUACAGCCAAAGUAAGUCUAAAUUGUUUUCACACAUCAGUUUCUCCCAUACAAAUUUGAUGAGAAGGAACAUACUUCCUUUAAAACGUGUAAGGUCUAUGUUGUUUCACGGCUUAUGUCUCAGCUUUUUUCUCAAGUUCAACACUGUCACUUACCUUCUGUUUUUUUCAUUUUAUUUUAAUUUCUGAGGCUUAGAAGAUAACAUGUAUCUUAAGUAAUAUUUUAAUCAGCUAUUGGUACAUUGCUAUUUGCCACUGAUACCUUUUUUUUAAGACCGACCGAAGGGUGGUGAAGGUUCCAAGAAGGUGGUUUGGAGGGGUAGCUUCAGUUUCUCACGAUCGUCACCAGCCACUGCCUCUAACAUUCCAAACAAGAAUUAACGAAGAGGAAAAGUCUCUAAAGCACGUGUUGAAAAACCUCAGGCUGAUGCUAACAUGUGGAAUAAUAUGAAGUCAACUUUAUUGAGAAUGUUUAUAAUUUACUGAGUGCUAAGAGUUGUGAAAGUUUUAUUUAAUACAACAACAUGAUGAGAAAGGUGCCCUUAUUAUCUUCAUUUCGUGGAUAGAAAACUGAUGCGCAGAGAGGGAUAUGAAAGAACUUGUCCAGGAUGACCCAGUAAGUGAUGGGGCCAGAAUUCAAACCCAUGUGGUCUGACUUUUGGAGCCAACAUUCAACCGUCAUGAGGUACUGCCUUGUUAUGGAAUAAUUGGUGGAUGGUUAGA